UUAAUAUUUAAGUCUAAAAUAACGUAAAUAAUGGUUGUCCCAAGUCCAUUUGUCUAUUGGGCACAAACAGACAAAAGUGUGUCGUUAAAAAUAGAAUUAAGAAAUGUUGUGAAGCCUGAUAUCAGUGUAUUCAACAAUAAUAUUAAGUUUACGACUCGCGGAGUAGGCGCGCACGGAGAUAGUCAAUAUGAAUUCAGUUUGGAUUUAUUCGCUUCAACUAAACCGAACAAAGAUGGUGAUGCAGCAACAGUCAGAAUUUUCGACAACAGAGUUGAAGUAAUUUUGGAUAAGGAGAAACCGUCCUGGUGGCCGAGACUUACAGCCCAACCACAAAAACCAGCUUGGUUGAAGAUAAACUUUGAUUUAUGGAAAUCUGAUGAUGGCCACGAUAGUGAAGAGGAAGCUAGAGAUGUCAUGCAAGACUACCCCGGCAUGUACGACAAGUUACAGAAGGAAGAAAUAGGAUAUAGGAAAGAAGAUCUGAAGAAAGUUUACCUCGUGUUGUACAACUUAUUUCAAUUGAUUGGAUUUGUUUACGUGCUGAGUGUGAUGGCCAUAAGAUAUGCUAAGUUGGAUUAUGAUUCGGUUGCGGACACAUAUGAGCAUGUUGGACCGGCCGUGAAGUUUCUCCAACUAAUGAUGUAUCUAGAAGUCAUGCAUCCUCUCUUUGGAUAUACUAAGGGCGGAGUCCUUGUACCGUUUAUGCAAGUCAGUGGACGUGCAUUUAUUCUAUUUGUACUGAUAGAUUCCGAGCCAAGGAUGCAAACCAAACCGGUUGUCUUCUAUUUGUUCCUAAUGUGGAGCACUAUUGAAAUUGUCAGGUAUCCGUUUUACAUAACACAGAUAUAUAAGAAGAAUAUUUAUAUACUGACAUGGCUUCGUUACACCAUGUGGAUACCUCUGUACCCACUUGGAAUUUUAUGCGAAUCAAUUGUCAUCCUACGGAGCAUACCUUACUUUGAAGAAACUCAAAGAUUCACAAUAUCAUUGCCUAACGAAUGGAACUUCACUUUCGACAUGCCAUUUUACCUAAGGCUCUACUUGCUGUUACUGACAUUCCCUGCAACGUUCUUCCUUAUGAGUCACAUGUAUAAAUUGAGAACGGUGAAAUUAAGACCAAAGAUUGUUAUUAAGAAAUGUAAAUAAGCACAAUAAUAAUAAGAUAUAUAACCACAUAUAUAAAGGUCUGUGUGUUGAGUUGUAGUGGAACUAAUUUUAUUUUAUUUUAAUAAAUUAAGUUGUAGAUUUUUUUGUUA